GUGGGUCUUCAGCCGAAUCUGAGCGCGAAAGCUUGAACGGCUGUGGCGGGAGCUGAGGAAACAGAGGCCCUAGUCUGACCCAGGGUCUGAGGGGAUUGCGCUAGCGGCGGCGGCAGCGCUUCUUAUUCUUUUAGGGGGAAGCUCUCGUGCAUCAAAGGCCAUGGCAGGCGAGGUGGCGGCUGAGCUUCCCCUAGAAUGCCUAAGUGUUGAAGAUGCCAAAGUGAACACAAAGGAAGAAACUGAUUCAGACAGUGGGCAAAGCAGCUGUGAAACAGGAUCUCCAGGACAUUCCAACACAAAAAGCAUAUCCCUGGUUGAAAGAGACUCAGAUGAAGAGAUCUUUGUGAGCAAGAAAUUCAAACGUAACAAGUUUCUCCUGCAGGACAGUGACAGUGAAGAGGACAGAGAUGCCCUUUCUAAGAAGGCUGACUAUGACAGUGAAGAGAGAGAAAGUGGGGAGAAUAAAGAAAACCUAUAUGUAGGAAAAAAAGGAAAAGCCCAAAAGGUUUACAAAGCUUUGAGGGAUAGUGAUGAAAGUGAUGUUGGGGAGCCACUGUACCAGAAGAACCUGGACAGUCAGAUGAUGGCUCCUUUGGCUGACAGUACCUUGGAACUGGGUUCCCAAUCCCCAAAAUCUAUGAUUUUGCCAGCAGGUGCCAGGAAAAGUUUCAAAGAAUGUACUCAGAAUAAAGAACAUGCUGGAGGAAAAGUAAAAGGGAAAUCACAGAGAAGACUUGAGAAAGAAGCCAAAAAGAUGGAAGUGAUUAGUCGGCUGAAAAAAAAAGAAAAGAAAAAUGAGGAAAGUGAAACCAAACAGCCGUUCAAUGAUAGUGGCUGUCUUCUUGGGGACAGUGAACUUUUUGAGACUGGAUUGGAAGAAGAAAAUGAUUCCCCACCAGAAGAUGAAGAAUCAUUAGAAUCAAUACGAGCUUCUGUGAAAGGCAAAGUCAAAAAGCACAAGAAAAAGGAGCUGUCUUUGGAAAGUGGGGGCUGUUCAUUUGAAGAUGAAAAGGAGCUGUCAAAAGGAAUGAUAAGAAAGGAGAGGAAGGCGGCCAAGCUAAGUAAAGAAGCUAUGAAAAGACUACAUAGUGAGACCCAACGCCUUAUUCGAGAAUCUGCACUCUCUCUUCCCUAUCAUGUACCUGAAAGCAAAACCAUUCAUGACUUCUUCAAACGCAAGCCAAGACCUUCUGGCCAGGGAAAUGCCAUGGCCCUGUUGAAGUCAUCCAAGUAUCAAGCACACUUCAGCAAAGAAAGCAGCACUGCUAACCCAAGUGAUAUUAACAGUGCCAGCCAUGCCAGAGACUCUAACCAGAUUGUGGGCACUGAGCCAGAAAGUGAGAAUGGCCAGCCCUCUUUAGCUCCUGAAGCUGCCCAGACCCCUGCUGACUCUGCUGGGCAGCCUGCUUGUGAAAAUGUGACAGAAGAUGAUCCAGGACAUCAUGAGAAUGAAGUUCAGAAGGAAGACUUGGAGGCUACUACAAACCCUUCAUUCAGAGACAUCUCAGAGCAUCAGCAAAAUUCCAGUGUCUUCAGUAAUAUGGGGGUGCAACCGACAGAGGCUGGGACCCCUGUAGCACUUGAAUCUAAUGCUUUGGAGGAAGAGAAAGAGCCACAGGAUCUUAAGGGAAAAAUAGAAGAGGUCAGGCAGCAGCCAACAGGGACAGCCACACUUCCACCAGAAAAAGGAAGGAAAGUCACACUGGAUAAACUGCAGCGACUAGGAGUAGAUCUCUCCAUAAAACCAAGGCUGGGGGCGGAUAAAGAUUCUUUUGUGACUCUUGAUGAGCCUGAAACCAAUAGAGAAUUGGAAGCUUUGAAGGAGCGUUUCUGGAAGCACACUCGUCCCACAGCCAAGGCCCAAACCAUGUCUGAACGAAAGAUGAACCUGAGCAUUAUAGUGAAGGAGACAGGUGCCGAUGGCAAGGAAGAACUGAAGAUGGACACAGUCCCCCUAACUUUGGCAACAGAGAAAUUAGAUGGUGUGAACUAUGCAAAGCCAGGUGAAAAACUACAGGUGCUAAAAGCAAAACUCCAGGAAGCAAUGAAACUCCGAAGACUUGAGGAGCGCCAGAAGCGACAGGCGCUGUUCAAGUUGGAUAAUGAGGAUGGGUUUGAGGAAGAGGAAGAGGAGGAGGAGGAGGAGAUGACAGAUGAAUCAGAGAAGGAGGAGGAAGUGGAAGAGGAGGAGGAGGAGGAGGAGGAGGAGGAGGAAGGCAAUCAGGAGACAAGAGAAUUUCUUCUUGAUGAUGAAGAGUUAGAAGACAGUGAUAUGAAAGAAGAUAAAGAAAUGGAUAAAGAGAACAUUCUUGGGCAUAGGGAAAUUUUCAAGGCUGUUGACUGUACCUCUCUUCCUAAGCCUUCUGCAUCGGAAUCUACCCUGCUCCUAUUCAAAGACAGUUCCUCCAAAAUGGGAUAUUUCCCUGCUGAAGAAAAAUCUGAGACUGAUGAAAGCAUAGGCAAAAGACCUAGCAAAAUAGAAGAAGAUGAUUCAUGUUCAUUGCUAACCAAGGAGAGCAGCCACAACAGCAGCUUUGAGAUGAUUGGCUCCAUGAUUGCUCCCUAUCAGCCUUGCAACAAACAAUCAGGCCGUGGGACCAGCUUCUUCCCUGGGGCAGGGGGAUUUCGAUCCGUCUCUCCUGGAUUAUUUCGAGCAAGUUUGAUCAGCUCUACAUCCAAAAGUUCAGGGAAGCUGUCUGAGCCCUCCCUUCCCAUAGAGGAUUCCCAGGAGCUGUAUAACGCCUCCCCGGAGCCGAAAACUCUCUUCCUGGGAGCAGGAGACUUCCAGUUUUGCUUAGAAGAUGACACUCAGAGCCAACUGUUAGAUGCAGAUGGGUUCUUAAAUGUUGGGAAUCACCGAAAUAAAUACCAGGCUUUGAAACCACGGGUGCCAUUGGCCAGUAUGGAUGAGAAUGCUAUGGAUGCCAACAUGGAUGAGUUGUUGGAUUUAUGUACAGGAAAAUUUAAGUCUCAGACUGAAAAACCUUUGCGUGAGAAAGAUGAGAGAAAGGAAAACAUGGAGGAACUUCUGGGUCUUUGUUCAGGGAAAUUCACUUCUCAGGGUUCUUCAACUCCCGCUCCUUCAGAGUCCUCCAAGCAGGAGAAGGAGAUAAACAUUGAUGAUCCGAUGGCUGAAGCUCUUGCUCUUUGUUCGGGCUCCUUCCCAACAGACAGGGAACAAGAAGGUGAAGAAGAAGAGGAGGAGUUUGGUGAUUUUCAGCUUGUUACUGAUAGCAAUGUGUUUGAUAGUGAGGAAGAGGAACACUCUGAAUCUGAUGAUGAAGCUUCUGAAGCUCAGCAAGAUAAUGAUGAAGCCUCUGAAUUGGAAGCCCAUGAGGAAGAAGAUGAUGAUGAGGAAGAACUCUUGAAGCAUUCUGAAAGACAAAAAAGGCAAAUGAGGCUGAAGAAGUACCUGGAGGAUGAGGCCGAGGUGUCAGGGAGUGAAGUGGGAAGUGAGGAUGAAUACGAUGGGGAAGAGAUCGAUGAAUAUGAAGAAGAUGUAAUUGAUGAAGAACUUCCUUCCGAUGAAGAGCUGCAGGAUCAGGUCAACAAAAUACACAUGAAAGCUAUGCUGGAUGAUGACAAGCGACAGCUGCGUUUAUACCAAGAGAGGUACCUUGCUGAUGGAGACCUGCACAGUGAUGGCCCUGGACGAAUGAGGAAAUUCCGUUGGAAAAACAUAGAUGAUGCUUCCCAGAUGGACAUGUUUCACAGAGACUCUGAUGAGGAUCAGAGUGAAGAACAAUUUGAUGAGACGGAAGCCAAAUGGAGGAAAGAGCGGAUUGAGCGAGAACAAUGGCUUCGGGACCAGGCACAGCAGGGGAAAAUUAUAGCUGAAGAGGAAGAUGAAAUUGGAGAAGAUAGUCAGUUUAUGAUGCUGGCUAAGAAAGCUACUGCCAAAGCACUUCAGAAGAAAGCCAGCCAUGUCAUUGUUGCUCAGGAAGCAAAAACCUUGCCCAGGAGCCCAUUUGAAGCCAUCAGACCUGGAAGUACCCACCAGCUAAGGACAGGUUCGCUGCUGAAUCAACCCAAAACCCUGCUUCAGAAGUUGUCAGCCCUCUCUGACCUCAACCCUAGUGCUCCUCGAAACUCCAGGAAUUUUGUUUUCCACACAUUGUCCCCGGUCAAGAAUGCGGAAGCAAAGGAGCCUUCUAAGCCUCAGGUGAAGAGAAAGGGCCUACCUUUGGCUUCCCCAUCUCCCAAGCACCUCAAAGCAGACAGCACUUUAGGACCAAAUCGAAGCAUCUUUAAGUACUUGGAGAGCUAACUUCGGGUGCCAACAACCACCUCCAGUUGAAAAGUCAGAAUUGGAAGCCCUCUUGGGACAUUCCUGGCACCAAGGGCUGGAAUCGAUUUUUGCCCCAUCCUACUCUCCACCUUUCACAGUCAGCACAUUAAGAAGAAGCUUUAAGGGCUGAGCCCAGUACUAUCUGCCUUUUGUCUCUGAAUGCAUGGCUUACCUUUGCUGCUGCAGCAGACUCUAGAUUGAACACAGAUCUGCUGCUGCAGUGCUUGGGACACCGGCUCUGGAAUAAGUGGCUGACUCUUACCUCCUCCAUUCAAUGCCUGAUAGACUUUGUCCCUACCGAGGCCUACAAUGAUGGCGGGGGAGAAAUGAAAUAUAGAGAUUAUCAUUUAAAGGAGUAUGGUAUUGAGGAAGAAAUCAGUGUUAAUAACAGUGGCACUGGCACUGGCAGUCACUGGUAGAAUUCUGUUCCCUUCAAAAAGAUUCAGGGUGAUACAACUUCAGAGACUGAUCUUAUAUACUAUUAUGUACUAAACCCUUCUGUGUGCACAAAUUGUAUUUUAAUUAUAUUUCUUUAGGGCUGAAUGCAUGACCCCAGACCAGGGCAGUGGCAUUUUUAUCUUUAAUGAAUUAUUCUGAGAGUGUGCCAUUGAAAAUUUUUCUUUUUUGCUAAAACAUAGGAGCUUUGAGGUUGAAGAGAACCAUCCAAGCCUCCUUAUUCUCUCUUGGCCUCCCAAGGUUCCUGGAGCUUUUUCUUGACCUGAGGAGCUCAGCUGCCUCAAAGAGAAAACUCUGAAUGCUUGGGAAGGUAGCACAGGUUGUACCUUCUGUACCAAGUUCAGCUGAUAUCAUUAAGUCUAGGGUUUCCUUCAGGGAUUUCUGGUACUAAUAAUUCUGAUGGCAUGCAACAAAGAAAGCUGUUUGUACAUUUGUAAUUUUAUAAAGGGGGAAAUAUGUAAAAAUGUUUUAAUGUAUAUGUAGUUUGUAAUAAAUGUCAGUGUGGUGACCCAUAGAACAACUUUUUAAAUUAUCAGUCAGGUAUCAGUUUAGAACACAUCUGCCUCAUUUCAAAAAAUUAGGAAGAAUAUCUUUUCAAAGAGCUUUACCCUUAGCAUGCUGGUCCAAAGCCCUGCUGCAGUUUUCUCUUUGUUGGCCUCUUGGAAUCAAUGAAAGAUUUAUUGAUUAGAAGGCAGGCUUAUAUCCAGCUUUUCUUUCUGGGGUUUUGUAUCUUUCAAGACUAUUCCUCAUGUUUCCAGCAAGCUUGUUUCUGGCUUCUUUCCUUAUUCCUGGACCUGCAUCCCCUGCUGUGGCUCAAAAUUUUUUCUCUUGCAGGGAAUCCCAGAACUAAGCAUCCUCAACCAUUUCACAUUGGGAGAGAAAGGGGAUCUGAAGCCUGGUACAUAGCUGAUUCCUCACCCAAAGUGGUACCAUUUGGAAAGAAGCCUGAUCCCAGCUAGGUUUCUCUUCCCUUUUCCUUCAGAAAGGGAGGCUCCUUCUUCUCUAGCCAGCUCUCUGAUGACAGCUUCCCCACCAGCUCAGGUUGCACUCCCUUUUCUCUAUGUGGCUGAACAGAAUCAAUGUUUUCUACCCUAUGAUGGGAGAGAGAGGAUUCAGACUGAGUCAUUCAUAUGGGAGUUAGCAGGUCAUUAAACAUGCCCGUCAUUGUGCUAAACUCUAGGGAUACAAUCCCCAAAAAAGGAAAGAUAAUCCUUGCCCUCAGGGAGUUUAUAAUACAGUUGGGAAGAAUCAACACCCUAAAGGGGUUACGGGAAGGAAGGCACCCAACACCUGGGAAAAGGACAAUCCUAAAGUUGUGGUCAGGUGAGAUGGGAGCUGUUCUGAGCUGUUUCUUUCUUCAGUGAAGCUUUGGGAGUUCAUAGCACUGGGACAAAGGGCGGUGAUCCAGAUGGGUUUUUCCCCACUACAGACUUGCUGGGGCCUGGUGGAAGGAGUGAGGGAAAUCCCAAAGGAGCAGGUCAGUGAUAAAUGAGGAGGUCGAGGCAGGGCCCGCCUAGGGCAGACCCUCCAACCCUGGCCUGUUUGUGUUAGCUGCACCUCCUCACUGGAGUAGACUGUCCAGGGGAUGGGGCAGAGGCAGGAGUGCUGAGUGUUAUUCUGGAAGGCUUUUACAUGGCCUGAGCUUGGGGAUCCAACUUUACUCUGUGGCAGACUUUUCUUUUAAGUUUGGUUGGAGAAUGAUGGAAAAAACUGCUCUCCCAUCUUGCCUUCACAACCAGAACAAAUGAAAGGAAAUUGAGGGGGCCAGUGUGAAUGGCCUGAAAGCACCUCCACAUUAGACUGUGGGCUCCUUGAGAGCCCAGACCAUCUCUUCCUUUCUUUGUCUCCCCAGCACUUACUCUACUGCCAGGGACCCCUUGUUGAUGGGGGAAUCUAACAGCUAGAUAGAUGCCCAAUGGAUACUGUGCUGGGUAUGGAAGUCAGGAAGACCUGAGCUCAGUCUUGCCUUAGUAACCAGUUGUGUGACCUUAGAUAAGUUAGUUACUUAACUGUUCUCAACCUCAGUUUCCUCAUCUAUAAAACGGGUAUAAUAAUAGCACCUGCCUUUCAGGAUUGUUGUGAGGAUCAAAUGAAGUGUCUUUCCAGUCUUGUCAGACUUGAGCUUUUCUUGGCAGAGAUACUGGAGUGGUUCACCAUUUCCUUCUCCAGUUCAUUUUACAGAUGACGAAAUGGAGGCAAUCUGGCUUAAGUGACUUGUCCAGGGUCACCCAGCUAGGAAGUGUCUGAGAACAGAGUUGAACUCGGCAAGAGUAGGCCUGGAUACUCUAUCUACUGAGCCACCUGAAUAUUUACAACGUUCUAGGGCCAUAGAAAUUGUGCUUUAUUUCUCUUACUAUUCUAUCACUUAUUUCACUCACAUUCUAAAAAAAUCUUAUGAUUCCAGAGUGUUUCCCAUGUAGAUAAUUUAGUAUUUGCAGCCUCCUAAUAGUCGCCCCCCAGCCCGCAGCAUCCAUCCAAGUAUCCCUGCUUUGCAGAUGAGGGAAGGCUCCAAAAGGCAGAAAGCUUCAUCCAAGGUUGUGGCGGCAGCUCUGGUCCGGUGCUUUCCCCUAUGUCAUCAGUCUUUACUCUGCCGCAGUUCAAGGCUGAGGCUUCCAACCCGCCAUUCUCUAUGGACAGUCACGGGAGUUGUGCCCAGUUCCCUGUGGCCCAGAGGUCUGGCCUCCCUGAGAGCCAGGGAAAAGGGAGAGGGAAGGAGGGUGGCGGGCACUGAGCCUCCUGUCCUUCCUUCAUCCUCACGCUUCCUUCCGUGCUUUUGGCAUGUUGGAAAAUGGAAACAUGGGCCUUUCCAGGACGGAAGGAUGGCUGGGGCCAAAGAAACCUGUGGAGUAGGUGCCCUUUUGCUCCAAAUGGCUUCCUUCAAACUCUCGGGGGCCACUUGAGACUGGGGCUCUGCUGGUAGGGAGGGGAAGGGUGAGUGCAGACCCUUACCCUGCCCCAGCGGCCAUUCAGCUCACCCCAGAUGAAGGAUCUUGGUUUAAUCUGCCCAAGUGAUGAAUGUAGAAGAAGUAACUAGGGAGGGAAGUCACUGUCUACCUGCUGUACCCUGUUGAGGUCUGGGCUGAACAGCUCAGCUCCUGUUUGGGGUUCAACGCUGGCUUGAGUCUUGGCUUCAGAGAAGCAGCUUGAGGUAGAGGGAAAGUUCCUAGAUUUGGUAUCAGAAGAUUGACAUGUGCCCUUUGUAUAAAUGGAGAUUUUGAACCUUUGACUUCAUUCCCCAGAAGUCCUUAUUAUUUCCCCAAAUUUCCUAUAAUCUUUCCUGCUGGCCGGAUCACAUUAUUGGUAUUUAACUGGUGGUAACUCCUCCCAUGCCCUCUUUUUGGGCAACAAUCAGCAGUGAUGGAGGCGAGUGGACACGUGGGUUUUAUUUUGUAUCCUCUUUAUUCCUUGAUGUCUAAUAAUCUUUAAUAAACCUCAUAAAAUAUAA